AUCCUUUUCUUCUAAAUAAUUUCUCCUGCAUUUCUUUAUUCUAUUAAGACAAACAAACAUCAAUAUCAAAUCCCAAAUUUACUUCUAAUUAAAUUCCACCAAAUGCUUUAUUCUCAUCAUUUCCAUUUCCAAGUCCCUCAUCUUUUUCAAUGGCAUCAAGAAUUUUUCUAAGAUCUCUUCAAAUUUUCCUAUCUUUUUUUCUGAUCUUAGCCCAAAUUUCAUACUCUCAAGAAACAAAACAGUUCAUAUACACCAACGGAUUCACACAAUCCAAUCUCAAACUAAACGGAAUUGCCAAAAUAUUACCCGGCGGCGUUCUUGAACUUACCAACACUUCAUAUCAAGAAAUCGGCCAUGCUUUUUUUCCGGUACCGAUCACUUUCAACUCACCCAAGAAUAAUUCAAACUCUUCAUUUUCAUUCUCUACAAGGUUUGUAUUCGCUAUGGUUCCUGAAUUGCCGGACCGAGGCGGGCAUGGAAUCGCCUUCACUAUCUCCCCGGCGGUGGAGCUCACCGGUGCAACAGACACUCAAUAUCUCGGGCUGUUCAACACGACCAACAUCGGAUUUGUGUCCAAUCAUUUGUUUGCUGUUGAGUUAGACACAGUUAGAAACCGUGAGUUCGGAGAUAUUAAUGAUAAUCAUGUUGGUGUCGACGUUAAUAAUUUGACUUCUGUUAAAUCUGCACCGGCGGGGUAUUUUUCCGGCGGUGAAAAUAAGAGUUUACAGCUGAAAAGUGGUAAGCCGAUGCAGGUUUGGAUUGAUUAUUCCGGUGAAAGUAAAUUACUUACGGUACAUCUUGCUCCUUUAAAGAUUAAAAAACCUGAAAAACCGUUAUUAAGUAUGAAUCUUGAUCUUUCUUCGAUUUUCUUGGAUAAAAUGUACGUGGGAUUCUCUGCUUCAACUGGGUCAGUAGCGAGUCAUCACUAUAUACUCGGGUGGAGUUUUAGUACGAGUGGAGAAGCUCAGUUUCUUGAUCCUGCAAAGAUUCCGAAAGUUCCGCAAUCAAGAAAAUCUAAAGGUAAAAUUAAGUAUUUAAGGAUUGUUCUUCCGUUGAUAGCUGUAGUACUUGUGAUUUUCGCUAUACUAUCUACGAUUUAUGUUGUGAGGAAGAAAUACGAAGAGAUUCGCGAAGAUUGGGAGCAGCAAUAUGGUCCUCAGAGAUUUUGUUAUAAAGAUUUGUAUAGAGCAACUAAAGGUUUUAAAGAUAAAGAGGUUCUUGGAUUCGGGGGAUUCGGGAAAGUUUAUCGAGGGGUUUUGCCUUCUACGAAUGUUGAAGUUGCGGUUAAGAAAGUGUCGCAUGAUUCGAAACAGGGUAUGAAGGAAUUUAUAGCGGAGAUCGCAAGUACGGGGAGGUUAAGGCAUCGGAAUUUAGUUCAACUUUUAGGUUAUUGUAGACGAAAAGGCGAGUUGUUUUUAGUUUAUGAUUAUAUGCCUAAUGGGAGUCUCGAUAAGUACUUGUUUAGCACGAAGAAACCGAAUCUUGAUUGGGUUCAUCGGUUAAAAAUCAUUAAAGGAGUUGCGUCGGCUUUGAUUUACCUUCACGAAGAUUGUCAACAAGUCGUUCUGCAUCGCGAUGUGAAAUCUAGUAAUGUUCUGUUAGAUUGUGAAAUGAAUGGAAGAUUAGGAGAUUUCGGGCUAUCAAAGUUUUACGACCACGGAUCAAAUCCUGAAACGACGUGUGUGGUUGGAACUGUGGGAUAUUUAGCACCGGAGCUUACUAGGACGGGUAAGCCAACUACUUGUAGUGAUGCUUUUGCUUUCGGUACGUUUAUGCUUGAAGUUGCCUGCGGUAGAAGGCCUAUUGAGUCUGACAGACCAAAUGAGCAAGUGAUUUUGAUUGAAUGGGUUCUUGAUUGUUGGAAAAGAGGGAAUAUCUUCGAGUGUGUUGAUCCGAGAUUAGAGGAUCGUUACGGUGCGAAAGAAAUGGAGUUGGUUUUGAAAUUAGGGCUACUCUGUGCACAUCAUUUGCCUGCAGCUAGGCCAAGUAUGAGACAAGUUAUGCAGUUUUUGGAUGGGAGUAAUAGUGUGCCUGAUAUACCCUUUGAUGUUGCUAGUAUCGGUAUACUUCCGGGUAGUACUGAAGUAUCUAAAGAUUGGUCCUUACUUAAAUCUUCGGAUAAUUCUUCGUCUAUGCUCGAUUCAAUCCUCGUUAAUGGUCGGUGAAGGACUCGAUUGAUCGUCUGAAAUAAUGAGGUAUACAUCAUCUUUAUGUUGUAAAAUGUGUAUAAUUUAGAGUUUAAUCUUUUGAUUCUCAUAUUUGGAUUUAUUAUUGCUGUUUGCACGGAAAUUUCUCCAAUCUUAUGUUUCCCGUGUUAUUUUCGUUUUUGAAACUGUGAAAUUAUAUAUUUAUAGCUUACUUUUGUUCUA